AUGUCAGACCAAAUAGAAAAAGAUAUAGAGGAAUCGAUUCCAAGUAUCAAUGAUCAACAAAAUCAAGAACACCAAGAAACUCAAGAAGCUCAAGAAGAAGAACAUAAAAAACAACAACAUGUGGAAAAGCCAUCCAGUCUAGAAGAAGCUAAAGCUAUUGAACAUCUUACGGAUUCAAAUAAGGAUGAUUCCGGUGUAACAAAAUUGCAAGAGUCCGAAGACUUGAUUGAGAAUUUUUCAGUGGACCCCCAAUUAAAAGAACAACAGGAAUCCACCACCAAGAUGCUGCUGUCAGAAAAAGAUUUGGUAGAUGAAAUAGAUGAGCUUUAUAGCAGUUCAACAACACCAUUCACAGAAAAUAAUCAACCAAGUGACAGUAAUAAGAGAACAUAUGAAUAUUCGGAUAAAGACCAGGAACCAACCACAAAUGAUAAACGCCAAAAGUUAGAUGCAAGUACAGAAAUAUUGGUGGCAUCUGAACUGGAAUCUGCACCUAAACAUAGCGAACAACUACAGGCAAUAGAGUCAAGCCAGCAAGGACAACCCUCUACAGCGGAAACAGCUAACUUCGUAGCAGCACCUGCAUCUACCUUAAAUGAACAAGAAGGAGCUUCUUCGCUGAUCAAUGAGGAAGAGGACCUUGAGAUGAUUGCCAAACAAUACCAGCAAGCUACAAAUCUCGAAAUAGAACAAGCCAUGGAGGGCCACGGUAAUGGGAAGCAAGAAGUAUCAAUUCAAGAAAAAGACCAGGCUUCUGAGUCAAUGCUAAUAUCUUCCAUUGUUCCUUCUGAUUCUGAAUUGCUCAAUACCAACCAGGCAUAUGCUGCAUAUACUUCACUAUCUUCCCAGUUAGAACAGCAUUCUCAGGCAAAUACAAUGCUUUCUUCUGCCACCCUUUCUGCCUUGCCUUUGUCGAUCAUUGCACCAGUGUACCUCCCACCAAGAAUUCAAUUAUUAAUAAAUACGUUGCCCACUUUAGACAAUUUAGCAACUCAGUUGUUGCGCACAGUUGCCACCAGCCCAUACCAAAAAAUCAUUGAUUUGGCUUCUAAUCCAGAUACCUCGGCGGGGGCCACUUAUAGAGAUUUGACAUCCUUGUUUGAGUUUACAAAAAGACUUUACAGUGAAGAUGAUCCGUUUUUAACAGUUGAACAUAUAGCUCCUGGCAUGUGGAAGGAGGGAGACGAAACUCCUAGUAUUUUCAAACCCAAACAACAAAGUAUAGAAUCUACUUUACGUAAAGUAAACUUGGCAACUUUUUUGGCAGCGACAUUGGGUACGAUGGAAAUUGGGUUCUUUUACCUUAAUGAAUCGUUUCUAGAUGUUUUUUGUCCACUGAAUAAUUUGGACCCUAUGAAUGCGCUAUCCAAUUUGGGAAGCUAUCAAAAUGGGUUCCAGACUACUGAUAGUCCCAUAGGUGCGAAAGUGGGCAAAUUGUUGAAACCUCAAGCCACGUUGUAUUUAGAUUUGAAGACUCAAGCAUAUAUCUCGGCUAUUGAGGCUGGUGAAAGAUCAAAGGAAGAAAUCUUGGAUGAUAUCUUGCCUGAUGAUCUUCAUAUGUAUUUAAUGUCAAGAAGAGAUGCAAAGUUGUUGACUCCAACGGAAACUGAUUUUGUAUGGAGGUGCAAACAGAGAAAGGAGCUGUUAUUGAAUUAUAACGAGGAAAUACCUUUGAGUGAACAAUAUGAUUGGUUUACAUUUUUGAGAGAUUUGUUUGAUUAUGUCUCGAAGAAUAUUGCCUUUUUGAUUUGGGGAAAAGUGGGGAAAACAAUGAAAAAUAGACGCGAAGGCACACCUCAUACUCAGGAAUUGCUUGAUAAUACUACUACUUCUGCUCAAGUAUCAAAUGAAAUGCCUCCCUCUUCUGCUCCGUCUUCAUCGACAUCAUCUGUCAUAGAUCCUAAUAAGAUGUUAGUGUCUGAGUUAAGAGAGGCGAACAUUGCAGUACCAAAACCCUCACAGAGACGGGCAUGGUCACGAGAAGAAGAGAAAGCUUUGAGACAUGCAUUAGAGUUGAAGGGUCCACAUUGGGCAACAAUUCUAGAGUUAUUUGGUCAAGGGGGAAAGAUUUCGGAAGCUUUGAAAAAUAGAACUCAAGUGCAAUUGAAAGACAAGGCAAGAAAUUGGAAAAAGUUUUUUCUUAGAAGUGGGUUGGAAAUACCGAGUUAUUUGCGGGGUGUUACAGGUGGUGUAGAUGAUGGUAGACGGAAAAAGAAUAGAGUUACUAAGAAAACCGCUGCUGCUCCGGUUCCAAAUAUGCUGGAGCAAUUACAACAACAGCAACUGCGACAACAGCAACAGCAACAGCAACUAGACAAACAACAAGAAGAAGAAGAGGAGCAGCAACAAGAAAAGGAGCCACAACAGGAGCCACAGGAACAGCAACAAGUGCAACAACAGCUGGAGCAACAACAUCAAGAGGAAAUCCAACCACCAGAAAGUCUGGAUAAAUAG